AGAAGAAGGGAGUAGAAGCGGCGUGCCAUUGACAGCAGAGGCCGAGUCAUUUCGGGAUGUUGCAGAUGUGUGCAAGAAGACUGACAAGAUUCCGAAAAGGGGAGAAGGAAGACAGUAUCAGCAGUUGUAAAUUGUGCUGCUGAUAUAAAGGGGAAGUCGGAAAGGAUUAAGAUGGUGGUGGACGCUGCAAGGAGAUUAUUGAACGUUGUGGAUAUAUCUGGAGAGGAUCUAGAUGUUACACUGAGGGAAGGAGUUGCACCAACUCAGACAAUUGGGUCUGGGUAAUAGAAUGGACUAUGUCAUGAGUGGGAUCACUUUGGGUGGACACUGUAAAUAUUUUACACUGUGAAGCUGUUACAAUCCAGCAGUUGGCGGUAAUGCAACACUUGAAUGUCAACCGCCAUACAACUCAACAGAACAAGAAGAAGAACAAGGUCUGGCAACGCGGUUGGAGGAGUCAUCGUUGUGAGCUCAUACAAGAUCUGUCAGACAGUGUGUAAAGAUGGUGCUCGACUUAGACCUGUUUCGGAUCGACAAAGGCGGCGAUCCAGAAAUCGUCCGUGAGACUCAAAGGAAGAGGUUUAAAGAUGUAACACUCGUUGACAAACUGGUCACAGCAGAUACAGAGUGGAGAAAAUGCCGCUUUACUGCAGACAACCUCAACAAAGCGAAGAACCUCUGCAGCAAGAGCAUUGGGGAGAAAAUGAAGAGGAAGGAACCAGUUGGGGAGGAUGAGUCUGUACCUGAAGAAGCACAGAACCUGGAGUCCCUAACAGCUGAAACACUAUUGGCCCUGACAGUAACCCAGAUCAAGAAGGUGCGUAUGUUGGUGGACGAGGCAGUGGAGAAAACUGAUAGUGAGAGGAUAAAGCUGGAGGCAGAGCGCUUUGAGUACCUGAGGGAGAUUGGCAAUCUUCUGCACCCUUCUGUACCCAUCAGCAAUGAUGAGGAUGCAGACAACAAGGUGGAGCGUACCUGGGGUGACUGCACCGUCCAGAAGAAGUACUCCCAUGUUGACCUGGUGGUCAUGAUUGAUGGCUUUGAUGGAGAGAGGGGAGCUGUUGUGGCUGGGAGCAGAGGUUACUUUUUGAAGGGGCCGCUGGUGUUCCUGGAGCAGGCUCUGAUCAAUUACGCCUUAAGGAUCCUCCACAGCAAGAAUUACACCAUGCUCUACACACCCUUCUUCAUGCGGAAAGAGGUUAUGCAGGAAGUUGCCCAGCUCAGCCAGUUUGAUGAAGAGCUUUACAAGGUCAUUGGUAAGGGCAGUGAGAAGUCAGACGACAACUCCAUAGAUGAGAAGUACCUCAUUGCCACCUCUGAGCAGCCCAUUGCAGCCUUCCUAAGGGACGAGUGGCUCAAACCAGAAGAUCUGCCUGUCCGCUACGCCGGCUUCUCCACCUGCUUCCGACAGGAAGUGGGCUCCCAUGGCAGAGACACCCGCGGGAUCUUCAGGGUGCACCAGUUUGAGAAGAUUGAGCAGUUUGUCUAUGCCUCCCCACAUGAUGGCAAAUCAUGGGACAUGUUUGAUGAGAUGAUAGGGACGGCAGAAGAGUUAUACCAGUCACUAGGAAUUCCUUAUCGCAUCGUAAACAUUGUCUCUGGUGCCCUAAAUCAUGCAGCUAGUAAGAAGUUGGAUCUGGAGGCCUGGUUCCCUGGCUCUGGUGCCUUUAGAGAGUUGGUCUCCUGCUCAAACUGCACUGACUACCAGGCCAGGCGCCUACGCAUCCGCUAUGGACAGACCAAAAAGAUGAUGGACAAGGCAGAGUUUGUGCACAUGUUGAACGCAACCAUGUGUGCCACCACACGUGUGAUGUGUGCCAUCCUAGAGAAUUACCAAACCGAAGAAGGCAUUGUUAUUCCAGAGAAGCUCAGGGAUUUCAUGCCUCCUGGUUUGACAGAGAUCAUUAAGUUUGUCAAGCCCGCUCCUAUCGAUCAGGAGAUGUCUAAGAAAACAAAGAAACAGCACGGAGGGAAGAAGAAGAAGCAGGAAGGAGACCAGAGCCUGCCUAACGCUAUGGAGAGCAUGUCCGUCAACGACUCAUAGACAACGACAUUGUUGCUUCACCACAACCACACAGAUGGUAUAGAGCCUCAUGUAUAAUGAGCAGGGGUCAGUUUUGCUGUUUCUCACAAAAUAAAAUUGGUAGAAAAUCGGGAGUCAAAUUUCUCAUCACAUAAAGCUGGAAAAAGGAUAUCUCUGUGCUCUCAAGCAUCUAUAGUUCAUUUCAGAGUCCUCUGACUACCUGUCUGUUUGUCCCUUUCUCACAUCUGCAGUAACACCUUAAAAUGAACAGAUAAAAUUACUUGAGCUAUCUUGUGUGACAGAGCUUGUUUAUAUAUUCAGAAUCAGCAGUUAAAUUUCUUUUUCAUGGCAUUGAGUAAGUUUCUGUGAAGGGUGUGUAGUGCAGAUAAUUCACAGGUUAUUUACAGGUACAUGUUUGUUUCCAGCUUUUUGGAAUCUGUAAUCAUUGAAAAGUGUGGUUUCCAAAUGUAUUUUGUUUCUGAAAUCUUCAUUCAUUAGCUCUUUAUUGAAAAUAAAACCUGCAUCUCAUCUA